AAAAUGUCCGAAUUGGUUGUGGGAAUCGACUUGGGGACGACAAAUUCUUGCAUUGCCGUUGAAAAAAACGGCAGAAUCGAGGUAAUACCAAACCGGGAGGGCAAAAGAACGACACUUUCAUACGUUUAUUACGGGGAGAAUAACAUCCUUGUUGGUAAAACGGCCAAACACGAGGCUAGUGCCAAGCCUUCGAAUGGCAUUUACGAGAUCAAAAGACUGAUUGGGUGUCUGCACGACGACCCUGAAAUCGAGUCGGAGAAAAAAUCGCUGACUUAUGAAUUGAGUCGCGGCACAAAUGGGGAGAUCCUGAUCCAAGUGGAGCAAAAAUCGGGGAAAUUGCGCACUUUCCCCCCCGAGGAGGUGUGUGCUCGCAUCCUCCACCGGCUGAAAAUCGACGCUGAAACGCACCUCGGCCUGAAAGUGGGCAAAGCGGUGGUCACAGUCCCGGCCUAUUUCAACAAUAAUCAGAGGGCGGCGACCCGGGAUGCCGCCCGAAUCGCCGGUUUCGAGGUGUUGAAGCUCGUCAAUGAGCCAAGUGCCGCCGCUUUGGCCUACGUCCGCGAGAAUCGCAUCGAAAACGGACGAGUUAUCCUCAUUUACGACCUAGGUGGUGGCACUUUCGACGUGUCCAUUGUUCGGACUGAAAACGACACGAUUAAAGUGCUUUCAGUCGACGGUGAUACGCAUCUAGGCGGCCAGGAUUUCCUCAACCGCCUUGUCGAUUAUGUGGCCGAUUUCGUGCAAGCCAAACACGGGGUUCAAGUGCGCGAAAAUACACGUUUCAUGAUGAAUAUCGUCAAUUCCUGCGAGAAAACGAAGAAAAUUCUCACGACCGCGACCAAAACACUUAUCCCUUUGGAGUUUUCCGGGGUUUUUGACAAAUUGGAAAUCACCCGGGAGCAAUUCGAGGCACUCAACUCGGAUCUUUUCGCCAAAACGAUCAGAAUUGUUGAUAGUUGUAUCAAAAAUCGGAGGAUGAGUAGGGGGGAAAUCGAUGAGGUUUUGCUUGUUGGGGGCUCCUCGAGGAUUCCCCGGAUUGAGACCCUCCUCAGGGAGUAUUUUAAUAGGCCGAUUCGGCGGAAUAUCAACGCGGAUGAGGCCAUCGCCAUUGGGGCGGCUCUAGAAGCCCACCAUUUUACCAAAGGCCCCCAUGAGUCGCUCCUGAUCGACGUGUUGCCCCUCUCGAUUGGCACUGUCGUCGAUGAGGACACCAUCUUCUUCAAUUUUGCACGAAAUACGCCCCUCCCAGCCAAGUCCAAACACGUCCAUGUUUUCAAAAAUCGCAAACAAAAGAACUGUAUUUUGUCGGUCUACGAGGGGGGGCAUUUGGAUUGCAACAAAAACGUCCUUUUGGGGGCACACGAAAUCAAAUGGACCAAAACCACCAAAAAUCGAAACGUGGUUAUAACAAUGCAAGUCAACAAUUAUGGAAUUAUUUGGGUGACAGCCCGGGGGGAAUCCAUCAAGACUUUUAGCAUCGCUUUAAACAAGGGACGAUUGGAAGACGAGGAAAUUACGAAUUUGAGCCGAUUAAUACAAGUAUGACCCGCCACUGGACACUGUUGCUAUGGAAAUGAUGAAAAAACCAUGACAAGUAUUAUUGUUGUCAUGGAAACGUUAAAAUAUGAAUUUUUUGUGCAGGGGCGUAACAUUUGGCACUUCCUGUCCAGUUAUUGUUUAAAUAAAAUAAAUAUAAUAAUGAUCGUU